AUGUCCCAACUCACCACGCUAGACAAGUUCAACAUUGCCAAAUUACAGAUGGAAACAUCCAAGAACAAGGGUAGUCUGGAAUAUUGGAAAUUCAGAUUAGCUAUCAAACUAAUUCAAGAUAUCUACAUGUUCCCUAGUGAUGAAAGUUGUAAACGGGAAUUUUACGAUACGAUAUCCAGUGACAAGAUUAGAGUUAUGGGUAAGGAUUUGAUUCCUGGAGAGAGAAGCGUGGUUGCGAAUGCUGAUUUUACCAUUGGAUCACAAAUUAUGGAUGUUUCGACUGCUGCUGUACUUUUUGACGAAGAUGGCGGUGAUGCACCACCAUUGCACAUCACAAAAUAUCAGGAAAUCUUUCAACCUAUGCUCAUCACCACAAAGACAAAUAAGGAGGUCAAUAGGACCAUUUUGUUAACGUUCUUGGUCAUAUUCAACUACUUAGAGGACAGUGAGUUUGCUAGUAAAGUCAACAACUUAUGUACUCAUCAAAGACAAAUUCGUCUUGCUAGUGAAGUGAGAAAUAUUAGAGACUCCAUCAAAUCUCAAAUGGUUGACUUGUUUCAUACGUACUUCAAGGAAUACUCGUUAGCUAUGGAGUUUUUCAAAAAGGGUCAAAUUAAAAUGGCAAAGGGAAAUUGGAAGUUCUUGGAGAGUUUGAUCAACGUAGUCAUGGUUAAUCAUUCAGUAUUGAUGGAUCAUCGUCAUGAAUGCAUUGGAACAUUUUUGGACCCCCAAUUUGCUAUUUUUAAUCAUAGCUGUUUGCCAAAUUGUUUACAGAUUGAGACAGGGUACGGCAAGUACUCAGUUGUUAAUAGUUUACCGAUCCAAGUCAAUGAAGAAAUGACAAUCAAUUACGUGGAUGUGAGCACCCCAGUUGAAAUUCGAGCAUACAAGUUAUUGACAAAGUAUCAUUUCAAGUGUAGGUGUCAGUUGUGUUUAAUGAGACAAGAUGUGUUUUUCACUAUGCAAUGCAAUGAAUGCUUAAAGCCAAUAAAGUCAUCAAGCUUGACUGCAGUGCUUACCACACCAAACACUAUUUUGAAGGAGCAGUCGUGCUCAAAGUGCUUUCACCCAUUUGACUUGGAUGUUUACACUAGACAGAUUCAAAUACGUAAUUUCUUCAUUGCAAUUAUUGUCAUUCCUAGAACCAAUUACAAUAUCAACGAUGAAGGGUACUUUACCUUGUUGUUGAAAGAAUUUGCCGGUUUGAUUGAAAAAAACGGUGCGCCUGCAUUGGUGAGGUUACUAGUAGAGUCACUUGAAAGUUUUCACCUUGUUCUAACUCGUGUGACAUUUAUCAAACGAUUGAUUGAUGAAGUGAUGGCAACUAAAGUCUUUGCAUUAUAUACGUUCCCCUUCAAUGUCAUUGUUUCAAAAAUCUGUGCUGAUGGUUGUGAGUGUAUUGAUUUUGAUACUGGAUUGGAGAGUUUGAAGUACUAUGCCAGAGUCCUUUUUGCAGUCAAAUUUCCUGCUGAUUUGAGUAGUCAGUUAUUCUUUAACGACUGUUUGUUCUUGGAGUUGGCACAACGAAUUGAGAAAUUGAUGGCGGUACUAGUAGAGGAGCAAACAGAUACAUUUUUUGGCACAUUUGAAGAAUCAAUGGAGUUGUUUGCCCGAUGUGCAUAUUUCUUUUAUAAACACGUCAAGUGCAAAGUUGAGAUUGAAUACGUUGAAGAAAAGUUGUUGCAACUUCAACAAGUUUAUCAUCCCAUCAAGUCGCGGAGAAACAUUCAUUCGUGUUUGGAGAGAUUGUUUAGUUAUGCCAAUGCCAAUAUUUUCAUUACAAAGACUCGAUUCCUCAUCUUUAAUGCAAGACAAGAACAAGUCACUUUGUUCCAUACGUUUGAUGCCGAUGAUUACUUGUGA